AUGGUUCGCGACCGCAUCGAGGCUCUCUCCCACCAUCUCUCCUCGCCAACACCAACCAAGAUGAGCACACCGGCGCGCGUGUUUCAGCUGAUCCCAGGUGUUCAGUCGUACGACUGGGGCAUUCCAGGCUCCAAAGCGCCUCGAGUCGCUCAGUUUGCAGCGGCGACCAAGCAGCUCAACUUUACCGCCGACGACGACAAGCCGUAUGCGGAGCUGUGGAUGGGCACACAUCCGUCUAUGCCCUCGCGCAUCAUCUCCUCCGAAUCCAGCGCAUCGGGCGAGUUUACGCCGUUGGCAGAGUAUCUCGCGCAGCAUCCCGAGCUGAUUGGCGAGCGCGUUCGGGCCAAGUUUUCGGACGACGAACCGGGCGCUUUGCCGUUUCUGUUCAAGGUGCUCAGCGUGGGCAAGGCGCUCAGCAUCCAGGCGCAUCCGGAUAAGACGCUCGGGAAGAAGCUCCAUGCUCAGAGGCCCGAUGUCUACAAGGACCCCAACCACAAGCCCGAGAUGGCCAUCGCCCUUACUGCCUUCCGUGGCUUUUGCGGAUUCAGACCUCUCGCCGAAAUCGUCGCCUACAUCAAGAACAUCCCGGAACUCGCCAAGCUCGUCCAGCUUGACGACGACGAGCUGGCACGUGCGGCUUCGCUCGCAUCAUCGCCUCCUGAGCGUGACGAGGUCAAGCAGAUGCUCAAGACCAUCUUUGGCAACCUGAUGAACGCACCCAAGAGCACCUACGAGCCCCUCGCACAGUCGCUUUCCGACCGCUUUGCAUGCGGCAAGGUCGACAGUGUGGAUGAGGUGGAACGCAAGCUCGUGGUGAAGCUCGCCGAAGAAUUCCCGCGCGACGUGGGCAUCUUUUGCACGUUUCUGCUGAAUGUCUCGUCGCUGCAGCCGGGCGAGGCGCUGUUUUUGCAGGCCAACGAACCACACGCCUACCUCGAGGGCGAGAUUCUGGAGUGCAUGGCUGCUUCGGACAAUGUUGUGCGUGCCGGGUUGACGCCGAAACUGCGCGACACCGACACGCUCAUCAGCAUGUGCACCUACCAGUCUGGCUCCAACCGUGGCCGUCUCAACCCCACCCAGUGGGCCAAAAGCAUAACGAAAAAGGGCACGGCAGAAGCGUGGUUGUACGACCCACCCAUCGCAGAGUUCAGCGUAGUCACCACUACCCUAGCCCAGCAGGCACAGGUUGAGGAGGCGCAAGUUGAUGGGCCUAGCAUCUUGUUGGUCCUCGAAGGAAAGGUGGAGAUCGAGGCGGAGGAGGGAGUGCGGGUGGGAAAGGGCCAGGUCGUGUUUGUGGCUGCAGGCACCGCGGUGACAGUGCAGAAUACGGGAGAGGGCGAGGCGAGGCUCGCCAGGGCGUUUGUCGAGACUUAG